ACCCGGCCCAGGACGGCGGCGAUGCCCCCGACGACGCCCCAGCGCCGGAAGCAGGACGAACCGGGCGGCGGCGGCGACAACUGGCGCGAGGAGGCCGUGUCCGCCGGCUCGCUGCGCCAGGUGGACCUCGACAGGGGCACCAACGGCUGGGCCGCGCCGCCGGGGGACCUGUUCCAGCUGCGCGCGCGCGGCUACUUCUCCGGCGGCGGCGGGAAGCGCGGCAAGUCGGCCGCGUCGGCGGACUGGCUCCUCCGCCCCGCCGGCGUCGACUGGCUCCGCUCCCACGCGCGCCUCGACCACCUGCUCGCCCGCGACGACGUCCCCGUCGCCGCCGCCUUCCGCCGGGCGCGCCUCCGCAAGGACCCCAACGCCCACUUCCUCCUCGCCGUCAAUCUCCAGGUCCCCGGCCGGCCGGACGCGUACAGCUCGGUCUUCUACUUCGCGGCGGAGGCGCCCAUCCCGCCGGACUCGCUGCUCGGGCGCUUCGUCUACGGCGACGACGCGUACCGCAACGCCCGCUUCAAGAUCGUCAACCGCAUCGUCAAGGGCCCCUGGCUCGUCCGCGCCACCGUCGGCAACUACGGGGCGUGCCUCCUGGGCCGCGCGCUCACGUGCCGCUACCACAGGGGCGACGACUACCUCGAGAUCGACGUGGACAUCGGCAGCUCGGCGAUUGCCACCGCCAUCCUGCAUCUGGCGCUGGGCGCGGUCACCUCGGUGACCAUCGACAUGGGCUUCCUUGUCGAGUCCCAGUCCGAGGAGGAGCUGCCCGAAAAGCUCUUCGGCGCAGUGCGCAUCGCGCAGAUGGAGAUGGGUUCGGCGAAGUACGUGGAGACGGCGUCUGAUGAGCCUGAGACCGCCGGCAAGGCACAGCCGGGGUUCAGGGUUGGCUCGGCGAGGGUUGCCAAUGAUAGCCGCCACCAGGAACGCACCAGCGGCAAGGCCAGCAGGUCGAUGAGCUGCCAGGAACGCCUGGGCGGAGGUGAGGGCUCAAAUUACUCCUGACAUGUUCUUCAUACCAGUGUUAGAUAUUUCAAUGCGGCUAAUUUGACCACUUCUAUAUGAUGAUCGGGCAUGAACUCGAUGCUACAAACUUAUACUCCCUCCGUUCCGAAUUACUUGUCGCACGUAUGAGUGUAUCUAGAUGUAUUGUAGUUCUAGAUACAUCCAUUUCAGCGAUGAGUAAUUUGGAACGGAGGGAGUAUAUGAUAUAGAGUAGUAGCUGACGAAUUCGUUCGGUGUUAGCAUAUGCCACUGGAUAAUAAUUCCAUGAUUCUGUCAGUUAUGGCUGAUAUUUAGCUCAGCUGGCCUUACAACAGCAUGAGAGUGAUGACAUUGGCAGUGCCGUUUCAAGUUUUCAA